AUGGCUUCUUUACCAGCCAUCCCCGAGAGCCAGGCACCUACAACCAAAGCGCCCAGCACCACAAAGGCCGCAGAGUCGUCGGCGCUAGCAUCCGCAAAACGUAACAUCGCCUUUCUCCUCCACCCCAACGACGCGCGCGACCGCCCCACCCGCCUCCGCACGCGCGCCCUCCUACGCACAGUCCGCUACAUCGCCGUCUUCAUCUUCUGGCGGCUGGUGCGGUACGCGAAAUACGCCGUCAUCGGGUCCCUGACCGCCGCGGCCGCAGGCACCGUCGUGGGGACAUUGCUGAGUCCGGCUGCGUUUUUGGUGGCGCCGGGGGGCGUGCUGGGGGGCGCGGUAGUGGGGCUCGGGUGGGGGUUUGUGAGGGUUGGGUGGGCGGGGUGGAGGAUGCUUGGAAGGAGGGUGGGGAGGGGGGUUAAAGAGGGGGAGAGCGCGAGGGGGGAUGAGAAGGCGGAUGCGGAGGAGAGCCCGAGGAGGAGGCGGGCGAGAGAGUUGGAGGAGAGGGGGGUUAGGGAGGAUCCGUGGUAG